CGAUUCGGGUCGGACAAGGGGAGAAGAUGACCCCCGUUGGCUUGGGUAUUUUGUACAUAUAUACACACACUAUACACACACACACACGUGUAUACACACUACACACACGCCAUGCGUGAGGAUCCUUUAGAGUCGAGCACACGGUCGGUGGUUUCGGUACGUUCGCGGGAACGACGGAAACCGGGGUUGACCAACGCUCGGAAUCGGACGUCCCGUUGCAUGACGGGUCUCCUCGUCGGACUCGCCGGACUAAUGCUUCUUUCUCUGACACAAAUGGUACGCUUACACCGGGAACCGUUGGUAGGCAUGGGGGGCCUUUCCUCUCUGCCUUGGAGCAACGGUGAAUGGAAGCUAGGGCAACAACAACAACAACAACAACAACAACAACAACGCCAUCGAAUCGGCGACGACAAUCACACGGCACACAACAACGACCAAACGGCACUGCGCCUCCCGCGUCUGGCCUCUCCCAACACGACCACGAAUCACAGCGAUACGAUGAUCGUUCUGGAUCAGCAGCUAUCCUUUCCGGAAGACAAGCGUGUCAUUCUGGAGGUACUCCGCGCGGCUGGCGUCACCUCGAUCCAGGCCCCGUCCUGGGAACUCCUCCCCGAUACCCGCACACUCACCACACUCUACGGUCCCAUUGAUCAACCCAUUGUCCUAGGUCUUGAAACAUGUCAAGCCUUCCGCGACGCCAUACCCCAGGCGGAACGGUACGUCGCACCCGCCGGAAUGUUCAACACCGGAACCAACGCCUUGGAACGACACUUGACCAACAACGUUUUCGGUGUACAAAAAGCCUGGCAAGUUCCGUGGGGCAAACACCGGACCGAAAGCAAACGAUUGCAUCACGCCGCCGUGUCCCUGGAAGGAAUCAAUCAAACGGCAGUCUUGCCUAUUGUCGUUAUACGGGAUCCAUUCUUUUGGAUGCAAAGCAUGUGCAAACAUCCCUACGCCGCCAAAUGGGCCCGCGGCGCGCAACGCUGUCCGGGUUUAAAAACGCUGCCUCGAGAUUUCAGACGCUUUAGCGCCGAUAAGCUGCCCCGCAAUCAAACCAGCUUUCGCGUCAAGGUCAUUUUUAGCGCCACCGAUGUACAAUUUUGGGAUUCGCUCGUACAUUUAUGGAGUCGAUGGUACCGCGAUUACUGGGAGGCACCCUACCCACGUUUGAUGAUCCGUUUCGAAGACUUGCUGCUGCAUUCCGACGACAUUGUCCAAAGCAUUGCGGAAUGCGUGGGCGGUACCGCCAACCGCAACCACGUGGUGGAAACGGGGACGAGCAAGAACCACGGUAGCGGCGCGGACUUUGUCAAGGCCGUGAUCAAAACGGGAGACUUGGGAAUGCGGCUCAAACACUUGACCCAACCCGAUCUUCACUACGCGACCGAACACUUGGAUGCCGAACUGAUGCAAGCAUUUCGAUACAAUCUUUCCACAGUCAAUAGAUAG